GGGGCUUUUUUAGGGGAGUUGAAAGCAGUAAUGGUUUAUUCACAAGGGUUACAGAUGCCUUUCUUAGUGGAAGCAGAACGAGUUCUUGAAUAACUGGUGGUAACAGCAGCAAUAUCUAUGAAAAGAUCAUAGAUGUGUGUGCCUCUGGAAGAAGAGGGUGGAAGAGAGGGGUGAAGGAUUUGCAUUUAAGAAGGGAGGCUAGAUACAUUUCUUUGUGGGAGGAGGAAAAAUGUAGGGUGGAAAUAAUAAUAGUGUAGAUAUAGUUGGUGAUCUCAUGAAGAGAAGUGAUUAAUCAGUUCCUGGAGCAACAAAGUGAAGAGAGCAGCUAUUUAAGCAGCUUGGGUUUAUGUGAAUCUUCAGAGAGCAGGUUACGAUUCCAGUUGCAUCUGAGCUGAAGUCUCUACAGAGUCUGCUAUUUUUGGUAGCAGUGUGGAGCAGCAACAAAAGAGGAAGUGUGGUGGGAGAACGUGGACAGCCCCGUUGGGGGCGGCUCCACGGAAACAGACUGACUGACUCGGCUCCGUCAUUACUACAUCUGGUGACCCCGACGUGAUACCCCCUGCUCAUCGGCUGGAACAGCCCCCGGUGCACGGACCUCCGCUAGAAAAGCUUCAUUUCGUCCGUUGUGGGUCCCUGCCAAGAAUGUGCGACCGUGGCACAAUGAUGUGGCAUCAAAGCCUCAAGAACCCGAUACCCAACUUUAAUCUGACCCUAACCGAGACCUUUCCAGUGUGCCGAGCCACAAAGAUGGCACCAAAGGUUACCUGGGGGCAGGUGAAACGACUGGCGCAGCAGGCUCAGCAAAUGCUGGAGAAUAACAAGGCCAAGCCUACCCCCGAAAAUUUUACUGUUGCUAUUUUUGCUUGUUUAAUUGCUAAUUCUGUACCAUAUUGUUGUGUUGUUUUUGUGUGUCAUUGGUUGGGGCCGAACCCGAAUUGCAUAGCCGCAUGCGUUAUAAUAUAUGGGCUUGACUUGCGAUCCUUGCCAAUCAAUCUUCCUUUUGUUUACAGCAGGCCCCUGAGAUGUAUGGCCUGCUGGGCACCUGCCUGGUCCCAGUAUGUAAGGCACCAGGCGAUGCUGCAGAUGCAUUGGGGAUGUUGAAUUUUAUGAAUGCCACCGAGAUUCAAUAUUCUUUUAUGAGCCUGUGGGGCCAAGCCACUUAUGUGAAACCCGCGGGUGCCUUGUCCCUUUUUACCCCACGGGUAGCCAAUCAUGCCAAUUUGACCUGUGCACGGAUGGUUAAUUGCACACGUCACAAGCUCCCAAAAGGAUGCUUGCGGGUGGAUACCCCAGGAUGGAAUUGUACGUGCUUUCAAAAUGUGUCCAGCAAUUACGGGCACAUCGCGUUACCGGAGGGUUGGUUUUUUACAUGUGGUCAGAGGACUUUUAAUUAUAUUUUGGCCAAUAUUUUAGAAGCUCAAUGUUGCCUAAGUAGGCUCACAUUGAUACUCCCCACGAGGUCAGUGUUGACUGAUUCCCGCACUAAUGAGACCCGUACCCGAUGCCGGCGAAGCUCAAUUACCAUGAGGCCAGAAUACAAUGCCCAUGUCAGCCUUUUCAGUCAGGCCGAGUACGUUUCUCUGGCCGUUUCCUUGGUGGGUCUCCCUGCGUUAGGAGUAGCCAAUCAUCAACAGCUCAGUCGAUUGGCAUGUGCCCUAGCGAAAAAUAUUAAUUACACAUCUGCUGCCUUAGCCUUGCUGAAUCAAGAACAGGAGGAGCUUCGCAAUGCCAUAUUAGAUAAUAGAGCAGCAAUUGAUUAUCUGCUAUUGCUUAGCCAUGUGGGUUGUGAAGAGGUAUAUGACAUGUGUUGUUUUAAUCUGACAGACAAUUCUAAACGGAUUCAAGCACACAUAGAUAACCUCCAAGAAUUGGCACAACACAUUCAGCAGUACAGGAACCCAUCAUGGUGGGAUAACCUUUGGGCGUGGCUACCAUCCAUGGGAUGGGUCCGAACUGUUCUGCAAUAUGUUUUGAUUGUUACCGCCUGCUUGAUUGGUUUUUGUUGCUUAGCUCAGUGUAUUCCUAACAUAAAUGGGCUGUGUUUUACACCCUCUCGGCGCAAACCCCUGCCUACACCCCAAGCCGUCAUGUAUGCCUAUAAAAUCCUGAAACAUGCGGACCAGGCACGGGUCGAUAAAACAGAAAAGGAGGGGAUGUAGGAACGUUACAUUUCCUAAGCGCUAAGGGGGUUGGAAUGCCGCCCCUGGAUUUAGAGCGGCUGAAAUGGUUCCCACACUCCCCCCACACUUCCGGUCAGGAGGUACAUAGAUUAGCGCUGAUAAAGUGUGUAUUUCUGGAGUACAUAGUGCAAAAGCACCAACCAGACGAGGGGGCAAGAUGUUGGCUUUAGUUUGUACAUGCGUAUAAUAGCAUGAUUUAUAUAACCACUUAUAAUAAAUAGACAUGGACAGCCCCGUUGGACAGAAACAGACUGACCGACUCGGCUCCGUCAUUACUACAUUAUUGUAUUACA